CCUGUUUGCUUCCGUCAUUUCCGGAAUCCCCUCGUGCAAGAUGGUGGAGGAAGAGACGGCUGGCGUUGCCGGCGCGGAGGGCUCGUUGCAGCCGCUUCUGCGCCUGAGGCGGCCUUUCAGCAGUCCCGAAGCGGAGCCUGGAGGAGCGCAGCAGCGGGCGCCGGAGCCGGCUGUGGAAGUUACCAGCAUAGAGAAGAAAGAGAAGCCUCUGCCUAGACUGAACAUCCAUUCUGCAUUCUGGAUAUUGGCAUCAAUAGCUACCACAUACUAUGUUGAGUUUUUUAAAACUGUUAAAGAGGUUAUUCAGCAAGAAAGCUGGUGGUUUGUUCUCGGCAGUUGUUUAUUGGUUAUCAGUUUGUCUGUGGCCUUUUAUUGCAUAAUAUAUCUGGAGUGGUAUUGUAGGAUCGAGGACUAUGAUGCCAGCUACCCUGCACUGAUACCUAUCACAACUGCUAGUUUUAUCGCUGCAGCAAUUUGUUUUAACGUUUCCUUGUGGCCUGUAUGGUCUUUCCUCACACCUCUGGUGCUGUUCACCCAGUUCAUGGGUAUUGUGAUGCUUGUGUCACUUCUGGGCUAGCUCUUUCAUGAGAAGUAAAUGGUGGACAUGCUGGCAUACAUACUUGGAUAUACUGGGUCCCAGGGAUGAAGACUUGCAAGCUGAUCUCAAGCAACUUGUGUUUAAAGGAGAAAUUAACUUGAAUGAUUAACCUGUCUUUAAUAUGGAUAUUUUUGCUUUGAUGAUGCUAAACACUUGGGAUGUGAGUGUUAAAGUCAUUAAAGUCAUAGCAUUAGAGCUACUGCUUAACCCAUGUUUAAUGUGGCACACGAAAUCAUAAUAAUGGGUUUAAGGUAAAAAUAGAGACACUUAUUUCACCCCUUUAAAAAUAGUUAUGUCCAUGAUACCUUUGUGUGAGAGCAAUGGCAAUAUUAAAUCUUCAAAUGGUUGAAAA